GAGGACGGGGCUCCGAGUUGACGUGAGCGCGCUGGCAAGAUGGCCGCCCGGUUGUUUUGAUGAAUAAUCCUGUGUGAAGCGGCGGCGGAGGCUGUCAUCUCUUCCGGUGCCUGUGUGGGAGGAGAGUGAGAGAGAGAGACCGGUGUGCCCGAAGGCCUGUCCGCUGAUCAUGACGAGCUGAGGCCGACUGGGUCCCCCUUACAGUCCCGGGGCGCUGGACUCUGUACACCUCCGAGGGCCCCUACACCCUGCCUGGCCUUUCUCUGGGGCCCCUAGAACUCUGCCCCUCUACUCUCUGGGCCCUUAAUCAGUUUCUCCAUUUCUUGUGCCCCUCCACCCUUUAUAUACUGCUGCUUACCGCUUUGGGCCCCUACACUCUGAUUUGAGGGCCCCUUUGUUCUGUGCACCCCCAGACUCUGCCCCUCAGAUUUGUGGCCCCCCUAUAUUUUACCCUUUUGUUUUCUGGGCCCCUGGAAUCUGCAUCCCCAGCCUGUCUCUUCAUCGUCUAGGCCCCUGGGCUCUUCUUGUACACCCUCUGGGCCCCUACAGACACUACACCUCUACCCCUGGGCCCGUAGACAUCCCCGCUUAUUAGGGGCCCCGUUGUGUUUUGUUAACAGGCCCCUAGACUGUAAGCUCCGCAAGGGCCCCUGUUUUCUGCCCCCUCCCCCUAAUUCUAUCAGGCCUUUUGCUGAUCCCUUAGACCGGGGCCCCUUUAAGGAAAGGAGACUUCAUCAGGGGCCCCUGGACUCCGUCGCUCCAUUCUUGAAGCCCCCCUAACCUUUCUCUACACCCCGCCAUCCUCCCCCCCCUUCUCCUGAGGGCCCCCAAGAUCUCCCAUCAGGCACCCGAACUCUGUGCUCCCCACCCCCGACACUUACUGUGACCCCGCAGACUCUGCCACCAUUAAGAGGAGAAACAUGGAGGAGCUGAGCGCUGACGAGAUCAGACGUAGGCGCCUGGCUCGACUUGCUGGUGGGCCGUCCUCACAGCCCACAACGCCGCUUACUUCUCCGCAGAGAGAGAAUCCCCCUGGACCACCAGCAGCAGCACAAGCCCCCGUCUCCUCUCACCAGCUCGGCUUAAAUGUUCAGGGCAUAACCCCAGCUACCUCACCUAUCGGAGGGCCAGGGGUGGCCCAUCGUAGCCAGAGCAGUGAGGGGGUCAGUUCGCUCAGCAGUUCCCCAUCAAACAGCCUUGAAACCCAGUCUCAGUCCCUGUCCCGGUCCCAGAGUAUGGACAUCGACAGCGUUGCCUGUGAGAAAAGCAUGUCCCAGGUAGAUGUGGACUCAGGGAUUGAGAACAUGGAGGUGGACGAGAAUGACCGCAGGGAGAAGGGAAGUCUGACCGAUAAGGAACAGUCUUCAGACUCCGAGGUGUCGGAGGAGCAGUCACUGCAGCUGGUCUGCAAAAUUUUCCGGGUAUCUUGGAAGGACCGUGAUCGGGAUGUCAUCUUCCUGAGAAAUCUGUCUGCUCAGUUCAGACAGAGCCCUAAAGAAGUCUUCUCCAAUUUUAAGGACUUAAUUGGACAGAUUUUAAUGGAAGUCUUGAUGAUGUCCACACAGUCGAAAGACGAUAAUCCGUUCGCUAGCCUGACGGCUACAUCACAGCCAAUCGCAACCACAAGACUGCCUGAAAGGACGUUGACUCUGAAUUCUGGGUCCAGUCUUAGCACCAGUCCUAUGUUCUGUAAUACAGGAUCGUUUGGUGCCGGCUCCGUAUCCAGUCUGUAUGGUACUAGUCCGGUCCUUGCCACCAGUCUGGCCACUGGUGCCCGUAUGGCGGCUCCUUCCACCAUUCCAGUUUCUAGCACGCCAUCAAGCAGCAUUGGGCAAGCCGUGCCCACUAGCCCACACAUCACACAAAGCGGCCCAUCCAUAGUUCACGCCUCUUCUUCUUCUCCUCGCUAUCGUCCAUACGCAAUAUCGCCCUCAGGACCAUUGCCUAUUCCUUCCACUCCUCGAACAUUCAGUCUUCCUAUCCUGCAUCUGUCAUCAAGCCCACGUGGCCUUACCAGCAGCCCUCGGGCAAUACCUGGCACUUCACCCAGACAGAGGCCUCUGUCAUCUCCGAGAAUGUCCCCAAGACAAAGUCGGAUGCCACUUAGUGCAUACGACAGUCCGCUGUCCCUCCUCUUCCACGCUGAGGAGGCCGAGGACAGCAGUGAUGAUGACGGCAACGAAGAGGAUUUUACUAGUGUGCAGUUUGGGUCCAGUGGAACUAGCAGUACGGAGUCAUGCGGCGAUCAUUUCACAAUUGAAGCUUGCAAAGAGACAGAGAUGCUUAACUACCUCAUUGAAUGCUUUGACAGAGUGGGAAUAGAGGAGAGGAAAGCACCAAAGAUGUGCAGCCAGCCAGAUGUGAGUCAAUUCCUGAGCAACAUUCGGUCCCAGUGUAUCUGCCAUGCUGCGCUGGUGUUACAGGGAGCGCUCACCCAGCCAAGGUCUGUACAGCAGCCGUCUCUCCUGGUGCCAUAUAUGCUCUGUAGGAAUCUACCCUUUGGGUUUAUUCAGGAACUUGUGAGGACGACCUAUCAGGACGAUGAAGUGUUCAGACAGAUAUUUAUUCCAGUUCUGCAAGGUUUGGCUCUAGCUGCUAAAGAAUGUUCUCUGGACAGCGAUAACUUCAAAUACCCACUAAUGGCGUUGGGUGAGCUCUGUGAGAUUAAGUUUGGAAAAACUCAUCCUGUAUGCUCUUUGCUAUCAUCUUUGCCCCUUUGGUUGCCCAAGUCUUUGAGUCCAGCCACUGGCAGGGAACUACAGCGCCUGUCUUACCUAGGAUCCUUCUUCAGCCUUUCUGUGUUUGCAGAGGACGAUAGUAAAGUUGUGGAGAAAUACUUCUCUGGCCCAGCAAUUACUCUAGAGAAUACCCGAGUUGUCAGCCAGUCGCUACAGCAUUACUUGGAGUCGGCGCGGCAAGAAUUGUUUAAGAUUUUGCACAGCGUCUUGCUGAAUGGAGAGACCAGAGAGGCUGCCCUAAGCUACAUGGCUUCCGUUGUCACCAGCAACAUGAAGAAGGCUCAGCUGCAGGCAGACGACCGUCUUGUGUCCACAGAUGGCUUCAUGCUGAACUUCCUUUGGGUGUUGCAGCAGCUCAGUACUAAGAUUAAGCUUGAGACUGUGGAUCCCAUGUAUAUUUUUCACCCCAGAUGUCGCAUAGCACUGCCCAACGAUGAAACCCGCAUCAAAGCUACCAUGGAGGAGGUUACCAGCUGGAUGGGGGAACUGAGCCAAGAUUCAUCUUCAUUUUCCGAUCCCAAGUUUCCAACAGAAUGUUUCUUCCUGACAUUACAUGCUCAUCACCUUGCCAUUUUACCGAGUUGCCGGCGUUAUAUCCGUCGCCUCCGAGCAAUCCGAGAGCUGAACAGGACAGUGGAAGAGCUAAAGAACAAUGAAAGUCAGUGGAAGGACUCCCCAUUGGCCACCCGGCACAGAGAGAUGCUGAAACGUUUUAAAACGCAACUUAAGAAACUAGUACGAUGUAAGGCCUGUGCUGAUGCUGGCCUACUAGAUGAAAACUUUCUAAGAAGAUGCCUCAGCUUUUAUGGAAUGGUUAUUCAACUCCUUCUACACAUGAUGGAUCCCGCUUACCCUAGUAUGACGCUGCCUUUAAACCCAGACAUUCCCAAGAUGUUUGCUGCACUGCCCGAGUUCUAUGUAGAAGACGUAGCCGAGUUCUUGUUUUUUAUUGUGCAAUACGCUCCUCAGGUCCUCUUUGAAUCCAGCACUCAGGAUAUCGGAACGUUCCUGGUGGUACUGCUAUGCAACCAGAACUAUAUCAGAAACCCUUACCUUGUGGCCAAACUGGUGGAGGUUAUGUUCGUCACAAACCCGGCCAUACAGCACAGGACGCAGAAGUUCUUUGAAAUGAUCGAAGGCCACCCAUUGUCAGUCAAACUCCUGGUGCCCUCACUGAUGAAGUUCUACACUGAUGUUGAGCACACGGGUGCCACCAGUGAAUUCUAUGACAAGUUUACUAUCCGCUACCACAUCAGCACCAUUUUCAAAAGCCUCUGGCAGCACCCGGCCCAUCAUGGCACUUUUAUGGAGGAAUUCAACUCGGGGAAACAAUUUGUGCGUUACAUUAACAUGCUGAUAAAUGACACCACGUUCCUGCUGGACGAGAGCCUGGAGUCUCUGAAACGCAUUCACGAGGUGCAGGAAGAAAUGAGGAACAAGGAGCUCUGGGAGCAGCUCCCUCGGGAUCAACAACAAGCACGCCAGUCUCAGCUGGCCCAAGAUGAGCGAGUCUCUCGCUCCUAUCUCGCUUUAGCCACAGAAACGGUAGACAUGUUCCACAUUCUCACUAAGCAAGUGCAGAAGCCUUUCCUGAGACCCGAGUUGGGACCUAGGUUAGCUGCUAUGCUAAACUUCAACCUACAGCAGUUGUGUGGGCCCAAAUGUCGAGACUUGAAGGUGGAGAAUCCAGAGAAAUACGGAUUUGAACCAAAGAAGCUCCUGGACCAGCUCACGGAUAUCUAUUUGAAUUUAGACUGCCCACGGUUUGCAAAGGCUAUAGCAGACGACCAGAGAUCGUACAGCAAAGAGCUAUUUGAAGAGGUUAUUUCUAAGAUGAGGAAAGCUGGAAUUAAGUCCACCAUCGCCAUAGAGAAAUUCAAGCUGCUUGCUGAGAAAGUGGAGGAGAUUGUAGCGCGAAACGCUCGUGCUGAGAUCGAUUACAGUGAUGCACCGGAUGAGUUCAGAGAUCCACUGAUGGAUACAUUAAUGUUGGAGCCGGUGAGACUGCCAUCUGGAACCAUCAUGGACAGGUCAAUUAUUUUGCGACACCUCCUAAACUCGUCCACGGACCCCUUCAACAGACAGACCCUAACUGAGAAUAUGCUUGAACCAGUGCCAGAACUGAAGGAGCGGAUCCUUGUGUGGAUGCGGGAGAAGCAUAACUCUGACCAGUGACACGAUCGCUUAUCAAGAGGUUUGCAUUUGCUGGAGGAUGUCCGCAGGCGACAGAACCUUGUACAUAUAUUUAAAUAAUAUUGCAAGCAUUGACGUGCUCACCUGAUGGAUAGUAAAAAAAAAAAGAAAAAAAAAAACAUUUAAAACAUGGGGAUUAUAUUUUCUUAAUAAGAGCCAGCGUUACUGAAUGGAAAGUGGAGACUGCCUUUGCAUUAAAACGUGAUGGUUGACGGAAGACGCUAAGGUUCUUCGACAAGCCAAUUGCAGUGUACUGACUA